AUGGAUCCAAACGUUGAUUUGUCUUGGUGGAAUUAUUUGAAUUGGAAUAUCACUAAAUGUACAAAGUACAGCGAUGAUCGGAGUGUUUCGUGGACUUUACCAUGUAAUGCCACUCAUCCCUUCGCUUUCGGUACUCUUUGUUGGAUUGUGACGACUCUUCUCUUUAUCGUCUUUCUUCUCACUUGUUGUUGUCUUCUUUAUGCUGUAUAUGUUUAUCGAGAAGAUAAUAAGCGCUUGAAAUAUGAAUACGCGGAAGUUGAGCGAAAUCUUCGUAAACAAAACGAAUAUUUCACUGCGAGGAUUCAUCGACAAAUGGAAGAGCAAAUGAAAUUGAAUGAGAAACAUCAAAUCCGAAGCGAGGCAGCUGAAAAAGCGGCUGUGGCAGAGUUGGCGGCUGCAAAAACACGCGAACAACCACAACCAAUCAUUAUUUAUGGACAGCCGAUGAUUGGUGGGAAAAUGAUACCACCAAAGCCUUUGUCUCCAUCGAAAAAUCCCCCAAUCACCCAAAAAACCCUUCGUGAAAUAAUUCCGUCGAGGCAUGCUGUGUCGGCUCAAUUCCCCGAGUUACCUAUAAUAGCGAGAAAUACCGGUGAAGCUUUUAUGAAUAGUGUUUUCCCGGAUGCUGUCCCGAGAAAUACAACAGCU